AUGAAGAAGUCCAUUGGCUUUUCCAGCGAGGCGGACAUCGAUAACCGCAUCGCUUCCAUCGAGUUUCAGCUUUGCACCGAGUCGGUUCCUCUCAAGGAGGAGAAGAAGCUCCUGGCCGAGAUCCAGCAGCUCAAGAAGAACCGAUCCAAGGUCAGUCACAUGCAGCAGAUGGAACAGAACCUUUCCACGGUUGACCCGACGAUGUCCAUGAAGGAGCAGAAGGAUGCCAUCAACGAGGAGAUGAACAGGUACCGCGACGAGAAGCGUAAGAUUCAGGAUCAGAUGACCGAACUCUCCGAGGCACGCAAGCAGCAGCUGGGACCCAUCGAGGAGAUUCAGAACCAGCGCAGUGCAGUGAGCGAUGAGCUGAAGGCGAAAAUCGAGGAGCGCAACAAGUUCCGGGAUGAGUUCCGCCAGAAGGAGCGAGAAUACAACCAGUACCUGGCAGAGCAGAGGCGUGUGAGACAGGAGAAGUAUGCAGCCGAGAAGGCCGAGAGGCAGAAGGAGUACGACCUGCGCCGCAAGCAGCGCGAGGCGGAGAAGCUCGAUGAUCAGCCAUAUGUUGCGGAGAUCACGCUGAUCGAGCAGACCAUGAAGUUCUGCCAGGGCCUGGUGCAAUCCAAGGUUGAGGACAAGUUGGACGAGAAGAAGGAGGUUUCCCACGAGAACGUGGACGGAUGUGAGAUCCUGCUGCGCAAGGAGGACCGCGAAGAGGAGUUUUACUUCGCACCGCUCAAGGGCAAGAAGGACAAGAACAAGAAGAAAGGAGCCGGUGAGACGAAGGCUGCAAAGAUUACCCACAACGCUGAGACCUUCCGCUUGUUUGACCAACUCAAGCUCGAUGCGCCCCUUUCGACGGACCAGGUGCCGGGUCUUUUGGAGAAGCUAACGGAGCAGUUGGCCGACUACCAGGCGAAGGUCAAAGAGUGGGAGGAGAAGCGGGAGGACAUGAAGAAGGCAAUCCUGGAAGGACUCUCCGAGAUCGAAGAGAAGAAGGCGGUGCGUGACGCCGAGGAGAACGCAGAGGAGAAGGAGGAGAAGGAGGAGAAGGAGGAGGAGGGGUAG